GAUGGAUCCAGUAAUGGGAACCCACCAGAGAGAUGUCCCCGUCCUCUGUAUUCCCAGGACUCCACACAGGAAGAAAACAAGAUUCCAGAGGAGGAUCAGGAGAUCCCUCAGGAACAUCAGGAGAUCCCUCAGGAGGACCAGAGAGAAGGUCUGAUCGUGGUCAAAGUUGAAGAAGAAGAGAUGUCUAUGAUGGGUGAUGAUCCAUGUAUAGAGGAGGAAGGUCCAGAGAUCAGCACAGACCCCGGAGACACCAGAGACAUCAAAGCUGAGGAAGGAAGACAAGUGCGGAUUAAAGAGGAGGAAGUUCCUGUGGAGAUCAGCACAGGUGGACCCAGUAAUAAAAAUACACCAGAGAGAUGUUCCUGUUCCCCAGAUUCCUUGGCUUCUACAAAAGAAGGGCACGAGACCCAACAUGAUGAUCAGGAUGAAAAUCUGAUUUAUAUUAAAGUGGAAGUGAAAGAAGAAGCAGAAGAGACGUACGAUGCGGAGAGUGAUGAGGAAGAUCCUCCAGAGAUCUGCACAGAUGGGCGAUACAAAAGGUACGCCAUGGAGAAACAGCCCUUCAUCUCUCAAGGAGCAGAAAGUGAAGACCUCACAUCAGAAAUCCUCAUUACUUCCAACCACCAUCCAAUGCCUCACAGUAGGGUUCGAUCGUCUGCUCCAUCUUCAUGUGUGGCUAACUUUCCCGAUCGACUUGGAACAUUUCCAUGCUCCGAAUGCAGCGAGUGUUUUAACCAAAGAGCAGAGCUUAUCGCCCACCAACGAAGUCACACAGGAGAGAAGACAUUUUCCUGUCCCGAAUGCGGCAAAUGCUUCUCCUGGAAGGUUCAGCUUAUAAGACACCUUAGAAUCCACACCGGGGAAAAACCAUUUUCAUGCUCAGAAUGUGGAAAAUGCUUCAACGAGAGGUCAAACCUUCUCAGCCAUGAGAGAACCCAUACAGCUGAGAGACCAUAUUCCUGUCCCCAGUGUGGAAAAUGUUUCACUCAGAGAUCCAAUCUUGGUACGCACUUAAGAACUCACACCGGAGAGAAGCCAUUUUCCUGUGCGGAGUGUGGGGGAAGUGUUUCUCUCGCAAGUUAUCCCUCAUCACGCAUGAAAGAGGCCAUACGGGUGAGAAGCCAUAUUCGUGUCUGGUGUGCGGGAAAUCUUUCGCCGCAAAAGACAAACUCAUUAAACAUCAAAAAAUCCACUCAGGAGAGAAGCCAUUUAACUGUUUGGAGUGUGGGAAAUGUUUUUCUCAGAAAGGGAACCUACUUUCACAUCAGAAGACUCACACUGGGGUGAAGCCGCAUUCAUGUUCCGAAUGCGGAAAAAGAUUCAUUGAAAGAUCAGACCUUGUGAAACAUCACAGGACUCACACUGGGGAUCACCCGUAUGCCUGUUUGGAAUGUGGGAAAAAGUUUCCAAAAAAAUCCUCUUUAAUGUCGCAUGUCGGUUCCCACAAGAGACAAGAGGUUCCUGUCUCAGGAGGUGAGAGCUGA